UUAUUAGUUCAUGUUGGGACAGGUGGUUAAUUCACGUGGUUUCGUGCUUUUCAUUUGAAAACGUUGAAAUCCAUGGUGCUCACACGCUCGAAUCUUCCUCAUACACGUGCGUUCAAUCCCUCUUAAAUCUUUCCCAAGCAGUUUCUUCUUCCUCGUCAUCGCUAAUCACACCACGACGUGCUCGCUCCACCGAUAACAGUUGAGUUUCCAUCCAAGCGGUUACCGAUCAACGGAAAACUUUUCCAAAAAUUUCAAACCAUUUCCGAUGUCGAUAAAGACCGUCAAAGUCAGUAACGUUUCCUUGGGAGCAACCGAGCGGGAUCUUCAGGAGUUCUUUUCUUUUUCUGGUGACAUUGAUUAUGUUGAACUACAGGGUCACGAUGAACGAUCUCAAAUUGCUUAUGUUACCUUCAAGGAUUCACAGGGGGCUGAAACUGCAGUAUUGCUAUCGGGAGCAACAAUAGUUGACCUGUCGGUUACAAUAACUCUGGAUCCAGAUUACCAGCUUCCACCUGGUGCUUUGGUUUCAUCUGUAAACGAAAAUAAAGCUCCAGGUGGUGCUGAAUCAGCCUUGCGGAAGGCAGAGGAUGUAGUAUCCAGCAUGGUAGCCAAAGGCUUUGUCUUGGGGAAAGAUGCUGUCAACAAAGCAAAGACUUUUGAUGAGAAGCUCCAGUUAUCAUCAACGGCCUCGGCAACAGUUGCAUCUUUUGACCAAAAACUUGGGCUUAGUGAGAAAAUAGGUGCUGGUGCUUCAGUUGUAAGUGAUAAAGUUCGAGAAGUGGAUCAAAAAUUUCUGGUCUCGGAAAAGACAAAAUCAGCAUUUACCGCUGCAGAACAGACAGUCAGCAGUGCUGGUUCUGCCAUAAUGAAGAACCGUUACAUACUUACUGGGGCCACUUGGGUAACAGGUGCUUUUAGUAGGGUUUCUAAGGCAGCUGUGGAAGUAGGUCAGAAAACAAAAGAGAAAGUGGAGAAUGCAGAACAAGAGAAGAAGCAGGUUGAUGAAGAUCAGUAUGCACAUGUCCAGCCCCCAAAAGCAGGAGCUGCAAGUGAGCCGAAGUCUCCCAAGUCUCCCAAGUCUGGUCCUGCUCCUGCUCAGGGUCUUAUCCUUUGAUUUGCUUCUUCCGUAUAUAUUUAUCUUUGAAACUCCUGCAGACUGUUUUGACCAUCACAAAUUUGUUUUUUUACAGAUUGGAUGUGAAUGUAGGAUAGGUUGUUUCCAGUCACAUGAACCAAUAUGCUAUUUCAUUUUUCUUUUGUAAGAUAAACUGCAUUUCCUAGGUGUUAAAUGAUAUAUUUCUCAUA